GGAUAGUGUGUGGGUGUUAACAUGAAGCAGAAUCCCUUCCUGUUUUUCUCACAAAGACAGGCUGGGCGGCAGUUGAGCUUAUAACAGGAAGCAACUCACAAGGUUUGACUUUGUUUUCUGCUCCUUUUACAUGAACUGUGUGAUGUUUAUUCUUCUUCAGUGAGAGCAGCUCGGUGAAGAAAUGCAGAAUGGGAAACUGGUUUACGACUUGGUUUAGCUGGCCUGAGGAUCCAGAAACAUCACAGCGUGAUGAAACUCAGAGUGGAGCAGGAAGACCAACACUCACCGCCCAGCAUGGAGGUGUCGUCAACACACCUCAGUUAAGCAGUUCCAAUGUGGGGAGGGAUCUAAAUAUCAUCAACAACACGUAUGCCUCGUCUCCUGACAGGACAGACGAGACUUCUCCCAAAAACAAAGCAAACAUUCAAAGGUGCCGAGAUAACUUAAAAUCUUUCCUUGAAAAUACAACAAAGGAUCUGUCACAAGGAACAAAGGAAGAUGGAUCGACUCCUUUAGACAAGAUCUAUACGGAGCUUUACAUCAGACGAGGAGGCAGUGGGGAGGUUAAUAGUGAACAUGAAGUGGUUAACUUGGAAUGCAAAAGGAGCUUGAGUGAGGAUGAGAAAAUCCAGGUCAAUGCCAUUCUUCAACCUUUAUCAAAUGAAGAAAACCCUCCUCAGAGAGUUCUGACGAAGGGAAUCGGUGGCAUUGGAAAAUCUGUCGCUGUGCAGAAGUUCACUCACGACUGGGCAACAGGAAAAGCCAACCAAACUACUGAUUUCAUAUUUCCAUUCACAUUCAGAGACUUAAACUUGAUAAAAGAUAAGGAUUGGAGUCUUCUGACGUUAAUAGGUAACUAUUUUGACGAAGUAAAGGAUUUGAAAGAGUCAGACUACAGCAAAUCAAGUGUUUUGUUCAUCUUUGACGGCCUGGACGAAAGCCAAUUACCUCUGGACUUCAACAACAAUGAGAUGUGCCGCGAUGUUACAAAGACCACACCAUUAGACGUCUUGCUGACCAACUUAAUCUCAGGGAAACUGCUGCACAAAGCCUCAGUCUGGAUCACAAGUAGACCAGCUGCAGCCACUAAGAUUCCUCCUGAGAUCUUCCACAGGGUGACCGAGGUACGAGGCUUUAAUGAUGAGCAGAAGGAGGAGUACUUUCAGAAGAAAGUUAGUGACAAGGAAAUGGCUCAGAAGAUCUCUGAUCAUCUUCAGUCAAAGACGCAAAGAAGUCUGUACAUCAUGUGCCACAUCCCAGUCUUCUGUUGGAUUUCAGCCACAGCUCUCCAGAGUCUCCUAACAGAAACAGAAGAAGCUGAGUUGCCCAAGACUGUGACUGAAAUGUACACACACUUCCUGAUCAUCCAGACAAAGCUGAAGGAAUAUCAGGAAGGUGAAACAGACAAAGAUGUGAUCAUGAAAUUGGGAAAGCUGGCAUUUGAACUGCUUCAGAAGGGCAACAUACUCUUCUAUAAAAACGAGUUUAAAAGUUGUGGAAUUGAUCUGAAAGAAGCUGCAGUUAAUUCAGGAGUUUGUACACAGAUCAUAAGAAAAGAAUCUGGUCUUCACAAACAAGAGAUUUACUCCUUCAUUCAUUUAAGUGUUCAGGAGUUUCUGGCAGCUCUGUACGUGUUAGAGACUUUCUUAGAUAGAGGAGAAAAUCUGCUUCCUAGCCAGACAAGUGUGAAAGUGUCAUCAAAGAAAAAGGAACGUUCCAUCUUCCUCCUCCACCAGAACGCAGUGGAUAUGGCUUUGGUCAGUGAUAAUGGACAAUGGGACUUGUUCCUGCGCUUCCUGCUCGGUCUGUCGCAGGAUAAAAAUCAGGAGCUUCUUCAGAAACGAGUUGGAUUCAAAGAAAGACGUCCACAGAGCAACCAGAAGACAAUCAAGUUCAUUCACAAGAAGAUCAAGAAACUGUCCAACAGCGACAAGAGCAUCAACCUGUUUCACUGUUUAAAUGAGUUGGGUGACCAGUCUCUGGUAAAGCAAGUCCAAAAGUACCAGAGCUCAGGACAUUUUGGUAAACUCUUACCUGAACAUUGGUCAGCUCUGGCCUUUCAGCUGCUCGUUUCCAAUGAAGACCUGGAUUUCUUUGACCUGAAGAAAUACAAAGGAUCAGAUGAAGUUCUGGAGAGGCUGCUGCCAGUGCUCAAAGCAUCAAAGAGAGCUUCGUUAAGUAACUGUAACCUCACCUACAGAUGUUGUGAGAACAUUUCAUCAGUACUCAGCUCAAAGUCUUCUGGUUUGGAGGAGUUAGACCUGAGUGGAAACAAUCUGCUGGACUCUGGAGUGGAGCUGCUCUCUGACGGUCUAAAAAGUCCCAACUGCAAACUCCAGAGACUCCGGUUAAGUUACUGUAACCUCACCUACAGAUGUUGUGAGAACAUCUCAUCAGUUCUCAGCUCGAAGUCUUCUGGUCUGGAGGAGUUAGACCUGAGUGAAAAUGAGCUGUAUGACUCUGGAGUGGAGCUGCUCUCUCAUGGUCUAAAAAGUCCCAACUGUAAACUUCAGAGACUCCGCCUGAGACACUGCGAGUUAAUAGCAGCUGGCUGCCGGUCUUUGACCUUUGCCCUCAGCGACUCCUCUGAUCUCAGAGAACUCAACCUGAGCUACAACGACCUGAAGGACCAGGGGGUGGAGCUGCUCUCUGAUUGGCUGAGGAAACCCCAGUGUAGACUGGAGAUACUGAGCCUGAGCGACUGCAGGUUAACAGCAGCCAGCUGCCAGUCUUUGGCCUUUGCCCUCAGCGACUCCUCUGAUCUCAGAGAACUCGACCUGAGCUACAACGACCUGGAGGACCAGGGGUUGGAGCUUCUUUCUGAUUGGCUAAGGAAACCGCAGUGUAGACUGGAGAUACUGAGACUGGCUGGCUGUCAGAUUACAGAGAAAGGCUGUGCUGCACUGGCAUCCAGUCUGAAGUCAAACCCCUCUCACCUGAGAGUCCUGGAUCUGUCUGGAAAUAACCUCGGAAACAGUGAUGUCAAAAACCUUUCUGAGUUCUCGCCAGAGACACUUUGUCAACUUGAGACACCUGACCUGAGACACUGUGGGUUAACAGCAGCCAGCUGCCGGUCUUUGACCUUUGCCCUCAGCGACUCCUCUGAUCUCAGAGAACUCAACCUGAGCCUCAACGACUUGGAGGACCAGGGGGUGAAGCUGCUCUCUGAUUGGCUGAGGAAACCCCAGUGUAGACUGGAGAUACUGAGCCUGAGAUGCUGCAGGUUAACAGCAGCCAGCUGCCGGUCUUUGACCUUUGCCCUCAGCAACUCCUCUGAUCUCAGAGAACUCAACCUGAGCUCCAACAACCUGGGGGAUCAGGGGGUGGAGCUGCUCUCUGAUUGGCUGAGGAAACCCCAGUGUAGACUGGAGAUACUGAGCCUGAGCGACUGCAGGUUAACAGCAGCCAGCUGCCGGUCUUUGACCUUUGCCCUCAGCGACUCCUCUGAUCUCAGAGAACUCGACCUGAGCUACAACAACCUGGGGGAUCAGGGGGUGGAGCUGCUCUCUGAUUGGCUGAGGAAAUCCCUGUGUAGACUGGAGAUACUGAGCCUGAGCGACUGCAGGUUAACAGCAUCCAGCUGCCGGUCUUUGACCUUUGCCCUCAGUGACUCCUCUGAUCUCAGAGAACUCAACCUGAGCAUCAACAACCUGGGGGAUCAGGGGGUGGAGCUGCUCUCUGAUUGGCUGAGGAAACCCCAGUGUAGACUGGAGAUACUGAGUCUGAGACACUGCAGGUUAACAGCAGCCAGCUGCCGGUCUUUGACCUCUGCCCUCAGCGACUCCUCUGAUCUCAGAGAACUCAACCUGAGCCUCAACAUCCUGGAGCUGCUCUCUGAUUGGCUGAGGAAACCCCAGUGUAGACUGGAGAUACUGAGCCUGAGACACUGCAGGUUAACAGCAGCCAGCUGCCAGUCUUUGGCCUUUGCCCUCAGCGACUCCUCUGAUCUCAGAGAACUCAACCUGAGCUACAACGACCUGGAGGACCAGGGGGUGAAGCUGCUCUCUGAUUGGUUGAGGAACCCUCAGUGUCGACUGGAGAUACUGAGCCUGAGAUGGUGCAGGUUAACAGCAGCCAGCUGCCGGUCUUUGACCUUUGCCCUCAGCGACUCCUCUGAUCUCAGAGAACUCAACCUGAGCGAAAACAUCCUGAAGGACCAGGGAGUGGAGCUGCUCUCUGAUUGGCUGAGGAAACCCCAGUGUAGACUGGAGAUACUGAGGUUAAGUAGCUGUAUCCUCACCUACAGAUGUUGUGAGAACAUUUCAUCAGUUCUCAGCUCAAAGUCUUCUGGUCUGGAGGAGUUAGACCUGAGUGGAAACAGACUGCUGACUGACUCUGGAGUGGAGCUGCUCUCUCACGGUCUAAAAAGUCCCAACUGCAAACUCCAGAGACUCCGGUUAAGUUACUGUGACCUCACCGACAGAUGUUGUGAGAACAUUUCAUCAGUUCUCAGCUCAAAGUCUUCUGGUCUGGAGGAGUUAGACCUGAGUGGAAACAGACUGCUGGACUCUGGAGUGGAGCUGCUCUCUGACGGUCUAAAAAGUCCCAACUGUAAACUCCAGAGACUCUGGUUGUCAUUCUGCACAGAGAGGUGCUGUAAGUCUCUGGCCUCGGCUCUGGAGUCGAACCCUUCACACCUCAGAGAACUGACGCUGGACUUAAGUGAUCCAGGAGAAUCAAGUCUGAAGCUGCUGUCUGAUUUAAAGGAGAACAAAAGAUACAAACUGAAGACACUGAGGGUGUCUAAGGGAUUUGUUUAACCGGAUAAGAACUUAAAGACAACAAUGGAUCAUUUUUCUCCUUCUGUCCGAACCAAAUGAUCUGAACUACAGGUGUGAAAGUGACCUUAUAUUCAUCACGACUCUUCUGUCUUUAAGGACUCGAUGCUCAAAACUACUCAAUCAAAAGUCAGAGGGUAUCUGAGCACCAGCUACCAGCUCAGAGAUUACUCCUCUCUGUGUAACGUCGGAGCGUGAUAUACUGGAGGGGGGAGGGACACAGAGGCAGUGUUGGACCCCCAACCGAAAAACUAAUAACUAAAGUUAUAUUAAAAAGACAUGAGGAAACUGUUCUAGGAACACACUGAAACAGUAGCAGUAGUAGUAGGAAAAGCAUAGCAAUCUCCAAACCCCCAAACUACAGAAGACAGAUAAAGAAAGUUAUCUGGAAAUA